CACAGUAUUGGAUAAGGAAAAUCUUCCAAGCCUCGGUAGAGAUAACAGAAAAAAACACAACCACACCCACUUUUCCAUCUCCAUGGCCACCAUAUUCUCACCCUCAGCCCUCCUCCCCUCCUCCUCCUCCACCACCACCACAAAACCACCACAAACUCCACCCUUGAGCAAACCCCACCUACCUAUCCCACCCACCAAACCUCCCCUAACUGCCUUAUUAACUACCACUCUAACUGCCACAGCCCUUGCCACCACACUCCUCACCACUCCUCCUCCUUCCCUAGCUGACUCUCCACCCACAGCCUAUCGCCUCUACUACGGCACUGCCGCUAGCGCAGCCAACUACGGCGGCUACGGCGGCAACUCCGACAAGAAAGCCUCUGCCGAGUACAUCUACGACAUACCGGACGGUUGGAAAGAGCGGUUGGUCUCAAAGGUUGAGAAGGGAACGAAUGGCACCGACAGCGAAUUCUACAACCCAAAGAAAAGGUCAGAGCGAGAGUACCUCACUUUCCUUGCUGGGUUUCGUCAGCUGGCGCCUAAGGAUGCGGUGUUGAACAACUUGGCACUGUCGGACGUGGAUUUGCAGGAUCUGAUAGCGAGCGCCGACAGGGUGACAUCCGAGGAGAGGAAGGACGAGAGUGGACAGGUUUAUUAUGUGUACGAGGUUGAUGGGGUUGCUGCACAUAGUUUGAUCUCCGUCACUUGUGCUAAUAAUAAGCUCUAUGCGCAUUUUGUCAACGCGCCUACGCCGGAGUGGAACAAGGACCGGGACAUGUUGAGGCAUGUUCAUGAGUCUUUUAAGACUGUUGGGUCGUUUUAAUGUGUACUUUGUUUGUGGGGGGAUUGUUGAUAGAGCAAAGAGAGGCAGGUUUUAAUACUACAAUUAUAGAUUUUGUUGAUGUUAAUCCUUGUUCUUCUAAAGUUUUCUAAGUUCAAUUUAAUGUCAUGAAGAGUUGAUGUUUUA